GUCGGGGGUCGUACCGUCCCUCCGCUGCUGCACGCCGUGAUUGGCCCGGCGGGCUGGGGGGAUUCACCCAGAGAUGGCCGUCCCAAAGAGGGCGGAUUCUGUUUGUCAUGCGGCCCCAACCCGGAGCAAAUGUUGGGGAACCCCAUGGGCCAUUCAUUCAGACACAACGGGCAGUCGCCAGUCGCCAGCAUGAUGCAACUUCGCUGCCCCGGCCUUAUAAAGCCUCCCUCACCCCCGGUCCCCAUCUCCGAUUCCCUGCUCCUGUUCUCUUCCCCACCACUCGUCUCUCACUCCUGUCUUCUCCCCCACACAUUCUCUCAGGUGUGAACCUCCUCCUGCUGCCUUUUCUUUUUCUGUUACAAACUCUCCCCUAUUAUUCUUGUCAAUCCGUCCUCCGUCCUCAUGGCUGAAGGCACGGUCGACGUCCUGCGCGUCGAGGCGCCGGUCACCAUCAAGACCUACUUGAUGUGUGCCUUUGCCGCCUUCGGUGGUAUCUUCUUCGGCUUCGACUCCGGAUACAUCAGUGGAGUGUUGGGCAUGCGGUACUUCAUCGAGACGUUUGAGGGCCUGGAUUACAACACCACCCCCACCGAUGACUUCGUCGUCCCCUCCUGGAAGAAGUCCCUGAUCACCUCCAUCCUGUCGGCCGGCACAUUCUUUGGGGCUCUCAUUGCGGGUGACUUGGCCGACUGGAUUGGUCGACGCAUAACCAUCAUCCUGGGCUGCGCCAUUUUCAUCAUCGGAGUCGUCCUGCAGGUUGCAUCGUCGUCCGUCGGUCUCCUGGUUGCCGGUCGUCUGAUUGCAGGCUUUGGGGUGGGCUUUGUCUCGGCCAUCAUCAUCUUGUACAUGUCGGAGAUUGCUCCCCGCAAGGUCCGUGGUGCUAUUGUCUCGGGAUACCAGUUCUGCAUCACUAUCGGGCUGAUGCUGGCCUCCUGCGUCGACUAUGCCACCGAGAACCGUCUCGACUCGGGAUCUUACCGUAUCCCCAUUGGUAUUCAGAUUGCUUGGGCCCUGAUCCUGGGUGGUGGUCUGCUCUUUCUUCCGGAGUCUCCCCGUUUCUACGUCAAGAAGGGCCGGCUCGACAAGGCGGCGGAGGUUCUCGCGCGUGUCCGCGACCAGCCCCUGGACUCAGACUACAUCAGAGACGAGCUUGCUGAGAUUGUUGCCAACCAUGAAUACGAGGUGCAGGCCAUGCCUGGAGGUGGCUACUUCAACAGCUGGAUCAACUGCUUCCGUGGAAGUCUCUUCAAUUCCAACAGCAACCUUCGUCGUACGAUCCUGGGAACUUCCCUGCAGAUGAUGCAACAGUGGACCGGUGUCAACUUUGUGUUCUACUUUGGCACGACGUUCUUCCAAUCGCUCGGAACCAUCAGCAAUCCUUUCCUCAUCAGCAUGAUCACAACCAUUGUCAAUGUCUGCUCGACUCCUGUUUCCUUUUACACCAUUGAACGCUUCGGACGUCGCACACUGCUUCUCUGGGGUGCCCUCGGCAUGGUUGUCUGCCAGUUCAUCGUCGCGAUCGUUGGAACGACGGAUGGCAGCAACAAGAGUGCAGUGAGCGCCGAGAUCUCGUUCAUUUGCAUCUAUAUCUUCUUCUUCGCCUCUACCUGGGGACCCGGGGCCUGGGUUGUUAUUGGAGAGAUAUUCCCUCUUCCAAUUCGAUCCAGGGGAGUCGCUCUGUCGACCGCCUCGAACUGGCUGUGGAACUGCAUCAUCGCCGUUAUCACGCCCUACAUGGUGGACAAGGACAAGGGCGACCUCAAGGCCAAGGUCUUCUUCAUCUGGGGCUCCCUCUGUGCCUGUGCCUAUGUGUACACCUACUUUCUGAUCCCGGAGACCAAGGGACUCACCCUCGAGCAAGUCGACAAGAUGAUGGAGGAGACCACCCCGCGUACCUCCGCCGGAUGGCGUCCUCACGGCACUUUCUCCGCGGAGAUGGGUCUCACUGGGAAGGACGUUGCGGAGAAGGCCAUUGCCGUGCACCACGAGGUCUGAGCGUGUGUUCGAUCGCUGUGCCCCGUACUACCCUGUACUGUGGUAUCUGAUAACUGUGUUAUCUUUUUUUUUAUUCUAUGCUGUGACGCUUCCGCGAUGUGAAACGAUAC